AUGCCAGAGGCACCUUGUAAGCCCCAGGAAGUGGUUAUUCAUACCUGCAAGCUUCUCCAAUACGAGCUGUGGCCACAAGGACUCUGGAGGAGUAAUGCCAAGGUCCUGGGGUACAAAAGGUCAAUUUCGGAAAACAGGAACAGCUUCAGUAACAAAACCAACUCUGCUAUCACUACAAGGCAACCACCUCGAAUCCUUGUGGUGGAUGUAACGCCUCCUUUUUGGUCAGAUAUUUGUACCAAUCUCUGUGAAGCUCUGGAAAAUUUCUUUGCUUUAGCCUGCAGUAUGGGAGGACCACCUCGUCUGCCUUUGUUCAGUCUAUAUGUGGUUCACAACCAACAGGAAUGUCUUCUUCCUUUUGUGCAAGUGAAAGGAAACUUUCCCAGGCUCCAAUCUUGUGUUGCUGAAUUGAGGUCAAUGCCAAAAGAAGGUUGCAUACGUGAAAAGCCAGGCUCUUUAAAGCAUGCUGUGGAGGAUGGCCUCUUGCAGUUUAAACAGUACAUGAGGCAUGUGACUGUGGGAGGAUCACUUAAUAGUUGCUCAGUGGAGAUUACAGUACUCACCAGUCAGCCUGGGAAGUAUGUGGUGAAGCAACUAGAGUCAGGCCUCAGUGAAACAGAUUUAGUCAGCGUUAGGCGGUUGCAGGUACUACAUAUCUCUAGAUGUAACCCAGUGGAAUUGAUGGACAUGACGUGGAACACACAGUCAGCCUUAUCUAGCGAAGAAAAUAACUCUGAUGAAUGCUCCAUCCUGGGGACAGAUAUUGAUCUGCAGACUGUUGAGAAUGACACAAUCAGCCUGGAUAGCUUCUUCAAGAGUUGGUUACACAACCAUGGAACAGACAAGGAGCAUCUCCAUUUGCUGCUUCCAGCAGUACGUCUUUCCAGCUCUGCAGAAAGAAAAGGUUCACUAGCCUGUUUGAAAUGUGAUGUUCAGGAGAGACUUAUCAGUCCUGCGCUCCUUCCUGGGAAAACUGAGAAAACUGAGAGCCUCCGAGACUACCAGAAUACAAACAAAGCAACAAACCCAGGACCUCUGCAGCACAAACUCCAAGUUAUAAAGGCUCUGAAAGCUGACGGUGUUUGUGAAUCCAUAUUAUAUGGGCUACCACUUAUCAUCAGACCGACAAACUGCUGGAAGCUGGACUGGGAUGAACUGGAGACAAACCACCAAAACUUUCAUGCACUCUGUCAUACUUUGAAGAAAAGAGAUUGGAUGCUUCUAGCUCGAUCUGAACCUCAGGUAAUGGGACCCACUUGGUCUGUUCAUGUUGACUCCUAUUACGUCAUACUGCCUUCGACCACACUGACACUCUUGGUGAAGUCCGUAGCGGUGCAAGAACUUCUUUUACCCUGCGACCUUCCUUACAGACCUGAUGAACCACCAGAAACAGCUCUAAGUAGAAUAGAGGACAUAUUGGAUAGCCUAGAUGUAGAAUCAACAUAUAACCCACUGAGUCUGAGAAGUAAUCUGUAUAAACAUCUCAGAGGAACUUUGGUUAGAACUCCUUAUCGUCAACAACCAAAGCAAGUACAACGUAAAGAACAAAAUCAUCCUGAACAACCAUACAGACAGCAACAGAACAGGCCAUACCAAAGUAAAAUAAAAGCUACUGUGGCCCCCCUCCCAUUAGUCCGUCAGUCCACCAAUCAGCCUAAGAGCUUCCGGCCUGCACUGCCUAUGAGCACUUGCUCUUAUAGAAGAGCCCCAUUUCCAGAUGAUAAUGAUGAGUUUCUGUCAGGAUGGCUCCAGGAUGGAGAAACUGGGUGUGUUCCAUUUUCCGGUCAGAAAACGUACAAUAACAUUUUUCUGACAGUGGGUUACAAAGUUUUCGGCAGAUACUGGGCUGGAUUUACGUUCCAAGGUCUGGAUCCCAACACCGGGAUGAAUUCCAUGAUGGGAACCCUGAGAUGCCGGCAACGGGACCUUGGAAAUGAUUCUGGAGGAGGUGACCGAUUAAGUGAUUACCUCCUGGGGCCCUGUCCAAUUAAGGACAGCAGGCGGACUACCUAG